AUGAAAGGUUUAAAACGAUCCUCGAAUCAUGAAGAUGAUCCACAUUUUCAAAAGACGCCCAAAAGCGGCCGAAAACAGAUGAGAACUAUAAGGAAGGCUGCACCUCAUAGGAAAAAUGAAAAUAAGUCGCAGGAGACAAUGGACGCUACUUCGAGCGAGCCCGGUCUUCAGCCCGUGAUGCAAGCAGAAGGUUUAGAUGGUACGGAAAGCUUGAACGACUCUGAUCAAACAGAAGCUUACGCUGCUCUUUUGACAUUGUUGAAGGCCGAACAUGGCAAGGAGAAGAAGACUACAAAGAAGCAACAUAAAGAGGUUGUUGAUGCGGAAGCCGCACAUAGCCAGCAAAAUGCUGAGGAGAGCGGGAGUGAGAAUGAAGAAACUGAAGAAACUGCUAUUGAGAGUGCUCUUGUGGACGAACAGGACGAUGACGAAGAAGCAGAUGUGGCAGAUGAGGCCAUUGACAAUGAAGACAACAGUGACGACGAGAAUCAAACAGACUCUUUAGAAAAUCAUUUCAACUCAGUUCCACAAAAAGUCAUUGACGAUUUUGAUGCAGGUUUCAAAUCCAAAAAGGUACGUUAUCGCUCAACUAAGGUGGCCACCGAUUCGGCUUCGGAAGAAUUUAUCUAUUCCAAGCCUGUCUUGUCUGAUGAUCCUUCUGCUCGCAUAUCUGCUCCUUCGUUAGCACAUUCGUUGCGUCCUCACUUCAUCAAGCAAAAAUUGAGAAUUCACAACAAUUUGAUGGAAUCGGACGAUGAACGUCUAACGCCUCUUCAGAAAAAAAUAGUUGACCCAAUUUUUCAAUAUCAAGACUUGCGAUACGAGUACGACGAUUACAACUUGGAACCCGAAUACCGCGAUCUUUACACUCUGCACAUUUUGAAUCACAUCUACAAGACCAGAGACCGCAUUUUGAAAAACAAUCAACGGUUACAAGAAAACCCUGACCUUGAACUUCUCGAUCAAGGUUUCACGAGACCCAAGGUUUUGAUUGUGGUACCAACUAGAGACACUGCAUAUCGGAUAAUCACCAAAAUCAUAGAGAAAUCCGGCAUAGACCAAGUUGACAAAAAGGGAAAAUUCCGCGAUCAAUUUUACCAGUCCUCCUCUGCACCUGAGUACAAGGCAAAAUCCUUCCAGCAUGUUUUCAAUGGUAACACCAACGAUUUUUUUGUUCUAGGCGUUAAAUUUACCAGAAAAGCGAUCAAACUUUACAGUAACUUUUAUCAGUCGGACAUCAUCAUCUGCUCUCCGCUGGGUUUACAACUCAUUAUCGAGAACACAGACAAGAAGAAGCGACAGGACGAUUUUCUCUCGUCCAUAGAGCUAUUGGUGAUUGACCAGCUGCAUAGCAUCGAGUUCCAGAAUGUUUUACAUCUGUCGUCCAUCUUUGAGCACAUCAACAAGAUUCCACAACAACAACACGAUGCUGAUUUCAGCAGAAUCAAGAUGUGGUAUAUCAAUGACCAAGCCAAACUACUACGUCAGUCGCUGAUUUUCACACGUUUUUCUUCUCCUUUCUCUGAUUCGCUCGUCAACGGAAAGUGUAGGAACUACUCUGGUAGAUGGAAAAAUCAUUUGACCGUGAGUCCAGAAAAAUCAAGCCUCGGUCAAUUAGGUAUGCGAACCCGUUUGAUUUUCCAGAGGUUUGACCUUGCUUCGGGAAACAGUGCAAUUGAAGAGCCUGACUAUCGCUUCAAGUUUUUCUGUAGUGUUGUGGUUGCAAACAUUGUGAAGUCUACGGGAUACGAAGAUGGAAUUUUGCUGUACAUUCCCGAUUACACCGAUUUUAUUCGGGUCCGGAAUUAUCUGCGAGAAAAAACAAGCAUCUUGUUUGGCGAUAUCAAUGAAUAUUCUGAGCCGCGCCAAGUGAACGCUAAUAGAAGUUUGUUUCAGCAGGGACGAACCAAGGUGUUGUUGUACACCGAAAGAUUGCAUCAUUUUCGCAGAUACGACAUUAAGGGUGUUAAGACAGUGAUUUUCUACAAGCCUCCCUCGAAUCCUGAGUUUUUUGAAGAGGUUGUGAGAUUUUUAGGGAAGAGUGCCUUCUUGGGAGUAGCUGAUUUGAAUAUUUCAGUAGUGAGAUGUCUCUACUCCAAGCUGGACGGUUUGGCUUUAGAAAAAAUAGUGGGAACAGAGCGAGCAGCUGUACUGACGCGCGGGCCAAAUGACUCUUACGAAUUCAAAUAA